AUGAACUCUGGGAACGAUAGCUGGCACCCAGGUGGCCCGUCGCACCCUAGCAUGGAUCAAAUGAAUCAACAGCCUCGUCCCCUGGGCACAUUUGGUCAAAACCCAACCCCCCAGCAAGGUCCGGCCGCGCAGCCGUCAGGGCCUGUCCUCCCACCUCCAGCCGCGCCCUACCACCCGUCCGGUCAACCGGGUGGACACUCGCUGCCGGGGUUGGCGGAGUUGAGCCAGACCCAUGGCAACCCCCACCAACCACCCUCAUACGGUCAACAUGCCCCUCCACCCUCACAUGGUGGCGGACAUUCCCUGCCAGGGAUCGGCCAGGCAAUGCAGCACCCUUCCCCUCAGUCGAUGAACCAGCAGGAACGCGAGCGGGAUUCCAGAGAGCGAGAGCUGAUUGAGCGACAACGUCAGCAGGAGGAGAUGGUACACAGAGAACGUGAGCGUCAGCGUGAUAUCGAGCGGCAACAGCUUGAUCGACAGCGGGAUCAGCAGGAUCACCCUGUGCAAAGCCACACCGGGUCGAUUCCUUUACACCAACCGGUGGCGUCAAAGGUUCCGAAUACUAUCCAUGCCCCCGGCGGUCUUUUGUCCAACUUAGGGCCAAAUCCGGCCAACGGUCCUCAGGGCGCCAUGCAAGCCUCUGGCGGACCCGCUGGGAUCUAUGGUCCUCAGAUUCCGCACGGUGAAGGAACUCCGAGGUCAUACAUGCAACAUGCUGCUGGGCCACAAGGCCAGCCGUUGAUGGCUUUCAAUGGUCCCGGGCCAUCAAUCCCUGGAAAUGUUGCUGCACUUGCCCAGGGCCAACAGCCAAUUCUGAACGAUGCGCUUUCAUAUCUGGAUCAGGUCAAGGUCCGCUUCGUGGAUCAGCCAGAUGUGUAUAAUCGGUUCCUUGACAUAAUGAAAGAUUUCAAGAGUCAAGCUAUUGACACGCCGGGGGUGAUCCAACGCGUUUCUAAUCUGUUCAACGGCCAUCCAGCGCUCAUUCAAGGGUUCAACACUUUUCUUCCGCCUGGUUAUCGGAUUGAAUGUGGUACCGAAGAUAACCCAGACGCGAUCCGAGUGACAACGCCCUCAGGCACAAACACUCUCAGCAUGCCACGUGCUCGCCAUACGCUGGACGGCCCAGGUGACCUCGCCCCUUCCGCCGGGCUUGGUCCUCAUGGUCGUCCUGAUUACUAUGAACAUUCUCGCCAGGGAUGGCAACAACAGCCUCAGGCCCAGCAACCGCAGGGCGGUUUCGCGGAUUCCCCAGGCUCUCGUUUAAUAGGCGGUUUGUUUUCACAGCAAGCGGGACAAGGGCAGCCACAAGACCAUCAUUAUGAAUAUGCUGGCCAACAAGAGCCACCGGUUCCGGCUGGUGGUGCGGCGCCAACUCAUGGGCAGGAUCAGCGGGGUGUAUCCCAGCUUCAAGGCGCUGCCUCAGCAGCUUCAGCCGGUCUAGGUCGAGCUGCUCUAUUGGGAGCUGGGGCUUCGGGCCAAGGACCAAGCCUGACUCAGCCAAUGAACAGUUUGGCAGGAGUCGGAACCGGUGUCCUGCAAGGUGCGCAAGCGGAUUUGAAACGUGGACCGGUGGAGUUCAACCAUGCGAUCAGUUACGUUAAUAAGAUCAAGAACCGUUUUUCGAGCCGGCCAGAAAUAUACAAGCAGUUCCUCGAGAUCUUGCAAACAUAUCAGCGCGAAUCAAAGCCAAUCGGAGAUGUGUACACUCAGGUCACGCAGCUCUUCAAUUCCGCCCCGGAUCUCUUGGAGGAUUUCAAGCAGUUCCUCCCUGAGUCUGCAGCUCAUGCGAAACAGCAGGCUGCUCUGCGUCAGCAAGCAGAGGAAAACGCGCCCAUGAGUAAUUUGCGUGGUGACCCUAACUUUGCACCAGGCUCUCUAUCUUCCCAGACUCCAAAUCGCGAUGUCAAGAUGCCGCCGCUUGGUAAUUUCAAUGUCAAGGACUCGGCGAAAGAGGGCAAAAAGCGUAGGAACGGGCCUGGCGCUCCUAGUCUAGCUGGUUCUGGUGUUGGCCCUGCUGGGGGUGUUGAUGCUGCACGUAUGGUCGACUCGCAGGUUGGACGCGGGCAACCCAUGGCAGCGAGCAAUGCAAACAAGAGAGCCAAGGUCCAUCACACGAAACCUUCACAAGCAGAAGCCCCAAUUGUUUCUCCUACUCUUGUGCCCGCUCUACCUGAGCCAGUCCAGCCGACUUUUUCUUUGACGCCGACACAGGAAGAGUUUGCCUUCUUUGACCGCGUGAAGAAAUACAUCGGGAAUAAGCAGACUUUCAGCGAAUUCCUCAAGUUAUGCAACCUCUAUUCGACCGAUCUUAUCGACCGGCAUGUGUUAGUGAAACGGGCAGCUGGAUACAUCGGAUCAAACCCGGAACUCAUGGCCUGGUUCAAGCGAUUUAUGCACGUUGAGGAGCCAGAGGAUAAGAUAAUUGAAGUCAAGCCCAAGCAAGAGCCGGGAAUCGUCAACCUAUCACACUGCCGGUCACUCGGGCCCAGUUACCGACUCUUACCCAAGCGGGAGCGACAGAAGCCCUGCAGCGGUCGCGACCAGCUAUGCCGAAGCGUGUUAAACGAUGAGUGGGCCUCUCACCCAACGUGGGCGUCUGAAGAUUCCGGCUUCGUCGCGCACAGGAAGAACCAGUAUGAAGAUGCCCUUCACCGCAUCGAAGAAGAUCGACACGAUUAUGACCAUCAUAUCGAGGCUUGCAACCGGACCAUUCAGCUCAUCGAGCCCAUCGUUCAGCAAUUCCUAGUUAUGUCGGAGGCGGAGAGAGCUGCCUUUAAGCUUCCUCCUGGCCUCGGCGGUCAGAGUGAAGCAAUCUAUCAGCGUGUCAUCAAGAAGAUCUACGAUAGGCAGCGCGGCGAGAGGAUUAUUAAAGAGAUGUUUGAGCGCCCUUGUCACGUCCUUCCUAUCGUCUUGUUCCGGCUCAAACAAAAAUGCGAAGAGUGGAAGGCUAGUCAGCGCGAAUGGGAUAAGAUCUGGCGCGAACAAAUGCAAAAGGCCUACUGGCGCAGUCUCGACCACCAAGCGAUUGCCAGCAAGGGAACCGACAAGAAACUGUUUGUGGCCAAACAUAUCCAGACUGAAAUCCAAGCCAAGCACGAAGAGAGUAAGAAUCUGCGCAAGAGCGGAUUCCAAAUUCCAAAACAUCAGUUCGAGUUCUCCUUCAAGGACCCAGCUGUCCUUAUCGAUGCGACUCAUCUGCUGCUAACGUUCAUCGACCGCAACUCAGCCGGCUUUGGCGCCGAUCCACAAAAGGUCAUGAUGUUUAUCAAGGAUUUCAUUCCAGUGUUCUUCAGCAUGGAUCGUGACACAUUCCACGUUUACAUGAACGAACUCUCUAACGGGACAUCGCCCGCUGACGAGGGUGACGAUGAGAGCUCAGCUGCUGAUGAUACCGCGACGCCGCGCAGCAGCCGGAAGGGGCUCACGAACAAGAAGAUUGGCCUCCUCCGUGAUGUUCUCGAACGCCGCAGUGAAAAGGCGAACCAGACUGACAAGGAAGGCAGCGCACCGGCCAGCCGUGACGGUACGCCUGACGCUGUUCUCAUUCCUUCCACCCCGAUUCCGGAUCCGACAGAGACAUUUGACGUUGCAGAGCUGAAGUGGAUGGAGCAUCCCGGACAGGGCAACUUCAACCAGCAGCGCGAGUACAACCUCAACGAGACCUACGAGAAGAAGGCACAUCAUCUGUAUGCGAACCUCAACAUCUACUGCUUCUUCCGCACAUUUGAGAUUCUGUACUCUCGCCUUCUUCGUAUCAAGCUGCACGAGAAGGAUGCUCAUGAUGAUGUCCGCCGCGCGCUUGUCAUGAAGCCUGCUCAAGAACUCAACCUUAUUGACAAAGUUCCAACCGACUUCUUCUACGACACUGACCCUAAGGCGAACCUGUAUCAGCAGAUCGUGCGGAUGUGUGAAGAGGUCAUCAAGGGGGACCUGGAGACGUCUCAUUUGGAGGAAACUCUCCGUCGCUACUACCUGCGGUCUGGAUACCAACUCUACAAUUUGGAGAAGAUGUUUACCGGCAUUGCCAAGUUUGCAGGCGCCAUUUUCAACGGCGACUCGAAGGAUCGCAGCUCGGAUAUCAUCAACCUCUUUUUCAAGGAGCGCGACAAGAAGGAAACCACGCACAACCUGGAGAUCCAGUACCGCAAGCAGGUUGAGAGACUGGUCAAGGACAGUGAAAUCUUCCGCAUCACCUACUACCCGAACAACCAGAAGACGACAGUCCAGCUCCUGACCCCGGAAGAUGCGACUUUGGAAAACGAGGAAUUAAGCCAGGAGGCCCGCUGGUCGUACUACGUCUCGGCCUACACAAUGCGGGACCCAACAGAAGGGGUGCCGUUUUCACAGAUGCGCAUGCCUUUGCUCAAGCGGAACCUUCCCGGCAAGCUGGAGCAAGAAGAAGAGUAUAAUCGCUUCUAUCGCCCACUCGUCCACCGAGACGGACUUAUCAUCCGCAUUUGCGCCAACAGUUAUCACAUCCUCUACGAACCUAGCAGCUACGACUGGUGGUAUCGACCGGCUCUCCCAUUGGAUGAAUCGACCGAGGACACGGCCAAGGAAACCGCAGCUGUCAAAGAAAGACGGCGCGACCGGUUCACCGAGAAGUUUGUCAAUAACCCUAGCUGGGCCCAUGGGCUUAGCAAGGACGAGGUCGACAAGUCGAACCAGGAGUUCCGGUCUUUACUCAAGGGCCCUGAUGCUGAAGAGGGUGAAGCCAGUGUCACUGCUGCUUCGGGAUCGGACACUCAAGAAAACAAAGACGACGUCGAGAUGCCGGACGCGGAGAAGGCCCCUGAGGCCGAGUCCUGA